AUGGAGAUCCAUCCGCGUAAAAUAUUCGACCGACGCCCGUUACAUUGGCGUUUCAAGCCGAUGCCGGAGACCGCGUUCGUGGUUCCGACCGUCAUUGAGGAUCUGAAAUACCGAUGGAGCCCCGAGGAGGUUGUGAGAUGCACCGCCAGUGCUCCGGAAUUGCAGAACGCCAUUGCGGCAUGUGGGGAUUAUGGAAUUAGCGGUGGUGCUUGUGGGAGUAUAUUUGCGGGAAGGACACAGGUUGUUCCGGGGGAAGCUGAUCAGUUCUGUGCAAUCGCGGCGAGGGAAACGGGCUGUGCGGUUCUCACGGGCGACUCCGAUCUGCUCGUGCAUGACCUUGGCGCGGAAGGCUCAGUGAUAUUUAUCGAUUCAAUUGAGACGGGUGACCCGCUGCCGAAUUACAAGCCGGCCGGCGCCGGCGCCGGCCCCGGCCCCGGGCCGGAUAUUGCAAGUAUUUUCAGCAUACGGGCAACGCAAGUACGCCCAGCGACAGUCGCCAAGAAACUGGGUGUGCCCAGCUUCCAGCGCCUAGCCUACGAACUGAACAGGGAUUCGCACGCAUCGUUUCCAACAAUCAUCCAGCGCGCCAAGGGCAGCGACAGCCUGGGCAUCGUUGCGAAAAGCGCCAAUUACAUCGCGUUUAUGAAGGAGUAUGAUCUCGGUGGCCAUGCGGCCGCGGAUUCCUGUGCGUGGAUUUCCAACACUCUCACUGCGAUUGCGGACCCGCGACUCUCUGAGCUGUAUGCUCAAUAUGAAUUACCGGCGUUCGCCGUGCCUGGGGAGGCGGCAAAUGUCUAUCUCCACGACUUGAUUGAGCACCAUGACCGACGCACGGCGUGGACGCAGGGAAGCGAAUUCCGGCUGAUCGCCUACUCACUAUUGAACCAGAGGUAUGCUACGGGUGGUGCUCAGGGGCGGCGGAAAGAGGCUGUGAUUGAGCAUAUGCGCAAGGGGCAGCGGAUAGCGCCUGUCCUUUUUGCUCUUCUGGGACGCAGGGAGGUGGAGGAAAGACUGGAAGCUUUUCUGCAGCAGGUUAAUCUGUUUGUCUCGGCCGUUUAUAAUGACGACGCUGGUGGUGGUGGUGGUGGUGAUGGCGAUGAUGGCAAUGGCGUUUGUGGCGGGAGUGCACGCGACCCCACUGCCUUAUGGAGGGCGUUUGCGCUCUACGAUAUCCUCGCCCGCAUGGCACCCGACGAGAGACCGAGCGUGGGACAGCUGCGCAGGUUCUUGGAACGCGGGUAUUGUGGGGAGAAGCUGGAGUGGGACGAUAUCCACCUCCACGCGCAGAGGAAGGCGGUGCUGUACUCGUUGCGCAUGCUGAAGGAUGUCCUCGCUGCGAGCGGAGAGAUGCCUGAACCAAUGCUGGACGAGGGGUUGGCUGCGUUGAUAUCUGAAGCGACGGGGCUGUUGGGAGAUCUGCCGUGGUUGCGCGAUUGUCACCAGCGCACUUGUGGGAUUGGGGGGGAUGAGGGCGGGGAGGGGCCGCGCAGGGUGGUCGAGGGGUUGGUUUUGCUUCUCAAGGAAGAAGGGGAGGGAGAGGGGGGGCAAGAGCUGGGUGGAAGCCUGGUUGAAGGACCUGGCUUGUUGGGUGCGUCUUCUCACCACCAGGGUGAUCGUGGACAGCUCAAUAAUGCGUCUACGGCUGGAGCGGGGGAGGGAUGGAUCGGCGCGUCCAAAUUGCCGAGUAGUAGGAAAGGGAAGAAGAGGAGGAGGAGGACGGCGAGCAAGGGUGCGGCUCACGAGAAAGCACCAACUACCGCGAAACAUGCGAUGAACAUCUAUGAUAUUCUCCGACAGGUUGAUUGA